AAACAAUUCAUCCAAUAACACGACUCUAUUUCCUAUAUUUUCUUUACACGUCGAGAGUUAAUUUUUAUAUAUAUAUAUAUUUUUCUACAUCUUUUAUUACUCUUUUAACCGAUGAACAAGAUGACAGCACAUGAUGAUUGGAUGGCAGGAACACCUUUAGGAGCCCCUCUUCCUACUUCUUCUUACCCUUUGGUCACUUUUUUAACAAUUGCCUCAGGACUCUUUGCUGCUGGUCAAUUUGUCAUUUUGGACAGCAAGACACCUCUCCUUCAACAAAUCAAGGCAGCACUUUUAGCCUCUGUCCUUCUUGGAUUUGGAGCCAUCUUUGCCUCCAACGCUGCCGGUGUAUACGUUUAAAACAAGCAAAGAAAGA